CCCUGAUGCACGAAGCUUUUGGAGAGCGCGUCUGGAAGGGUCUUCAAUCAGCCAUCUCGGCCGUCGCGGUCCGGGCGACAAUGUCAUUAUGUGCCAGGAAGAGCAUGGAAUCACAGCAGUAAGUCGCACGGUGACUAGUCCAUCGGUCCAAGGUAUUACGGCUGCGACUAUCGUCAAUGCAGCUUGGAGUCUUGUCCUUUCUCAGCGGACAAAUCGACUGGACGUGUUAUUCGGCAUCGCCACCAACGGCCAGAACGGCUACUCCUCGCGAGGCGGGAACCUCAUCGGCCUCUGCAUGAACCAGAUGCCCAUGAGGGUGAGGCUCGACCACUCCGAGACCUUCCAGGGCCUGCUUGAAACAGUUCAGCGCCAAUACAUCCAGGCCAUGCCGUUCGAGCUCGUCGAGCUGUCGGACAUCGCCCAAAUCUGCGAUCUCUCCCAGGCUACAGACGACAAGGUCGAGUUCGGCUCUGUGGUGGUGGUGCAGAACGCCAACGUCAACACCGACGCGCCCUUUUCCUUUGGUGAUGCGCAGUGCAUCCGCGGGCACGUUAUAAGUCGCACCUUCCUAACAUUGUUGCCCUCAUAACAUGCUUUUUUCCUUUUUCUUUUCUUUUUCUUUUUUUUUUUACUUUGAUCUGGCUUCAUGUGCUUCAU